AGACACUUACUAAGAAUAAGAACAACAAGCAUUAAGCCUUAAAGAAAGCUGCACUCACCAGAAGAAAGAUGAAAGUUGAAGAAUAAAAUUGUCACAGAGUUGUCUUUAUUCUAGUAGUUUACUAUAUAUUGAUUAGUUGUGGCGACUAGUGACCCAUUUGGAGAGAUGCCUAUAAAUACUCACGUCCGUCUUUCUGUGACUUUGUGCUCUGCAGUCUGAACGGUCUUGGGGGAGGGAAGCUAUCUGCCUUAAUUUACUACUUCUCAUUGGUCACAGUCAAAUUGACACGAUCUUGAUCCAUCUUUUCUAUUACUAAUAAGCACUUUUUUGGCUCUCAUCUUUUGUGCACUGCAUGUUUUUGGUUCCUUGUAAGUUGAAAGGAGCUUUCCAUAUUCUUGCUUCUGUCUUUUAGUUUUUCUUGUCUUCCAUUCUCUUGCUAAUUCUCAUAUACUCGGCCGGUCGUCAUGAGGUUUUCCAUGGUGAUGUGCAAGCCGCCGGCCCAGCCCUUGCUCGACGCUGCGGGCCUGGUCCGGAGGUCGAACAUGGACUUUUUGAUCCCUUGGCGUCAGAAGGAGAAGGUCGUGGUGAUAUUAGGUGCGACCGGGACCGGUAAGUCUCGGCUCUCCAUUGACAUCGCCUCCCGUUUCCCCGCCGAGAUUGUCAACUCCGACAAAAUCCAAGUGCACAAGGGGCUCGAUGUCCUCACCAACAAGAUCACGGACGAGGAGCAAUGCGGCAUCCCCCACCAUCUCCUCGGGACAAUCCCUCCCGACGCAGACUUCACGGCGUCGGACUUUUGCGACUCGGCACUGCUUGCCAUCGAGUCGAUCAGGGCCCGCGGCAACACACCGGUCAUCGUCGGAGGCUCGAAUUCAUACAUUGAGGCCUUGAUCACUAGCCAUGAUUACGGGUUUCGAUCAAAGUACGAAUGUUGCUUCCUAUGGGUCGACAUGGCGAUGCCCGUGUUGCACUCAUUCGUGUCUAAGCGGGUCGAUAAGAUGGUUGAGAGGGGAAUGAUUGAAGAGGCGAGGAACUUCUUCGAUCCAAACGCGGAUUACUCAAGGGGAAUCCGGCGCGCGAUCGGGGUUCCUGAACUGGACUUGUUCUUCCGUAACGAGAAGUCCUUGGACCGACAAGCCCGCGCGCGGUUGCUCGAAGAAGGGAUAGAGGAAAUCAAGAACAACACGCGCAAAUUGGCAUGCCGCCAGUUGGAGAAGAUCGACCGGCUCCGUAACCUGAAGGGUUGGAACUUGCACAGGAUGGACGUGACUGAAGUGUUCCGCAAGCACGGGAAGGCCGAAGCCGACGAGGCGUGGGAAGAGCUCGUGGCGGGACCAAGCACGUUAAUCGUGGCCGAGUUUCUUUACAGCGUCACGGCGAAUAUGACUGCUUCCGGGGGGCUUCACAAGGCCUUCGAGGCCUUAAAAAAUGGAGUGCCAACCAUGGAAGCUGCCAUUGCAGCAGCAAACUAUCUCUGAAGUUUUGCUCAAAGAAUCGACGAGAGUGAAGGGCAUUGCUUUGGAAUUUUCUAUGCUUUUCUCUUUUUUUGGGGUAGGCCACCACAUAUAUAGCGGAUGUAACCUAUGAUGGAGAGAUACUUACAAUUACAAAGUAACAUGGAAUUUCGAACGUGUAAUAGGGGAACUUGUGUUCUUUUAUGAGAGUGAUGUUUAAGGAGACUCCACUACCAAAAGUGAGAUGAUUUUAUGGUGUCUCAUCUUCAUGUGUGAAGUGCAAAAACAAUUACCAUG